ACUUGCUCUUAUCGUAUGAGAUUACUAUAAAUCUAUACUCUAAGAAUGAGUGAUAAAAAGAGACUGACAACAAUACACGUUAUUAACAUAUAACGCGACAUGCCCAACUAUUAUUGGCCAUAAUUAAAUCGGUUCCUUAAUAAUUCUGUCUUCAUGGUUUUCCGCUGACUAGUUCUUCCACACAGAUGGUGACUUUCUUAGACAAAUUGCUUGGUUCUACUCAAUUGAUUGCCCAUCGUCUUGCCUUACGGAAACUAUCGGUUCAAGGACGCGUCUUGAUAACCAAUACGUUGAUACUUAGCAGAAUAUGGCAUUGUCUACGUGUCCUCACUGUACCUGCUUACUUUCUCGCCAAGAUCCGUUCAAUAGUUGACCAAUUCAUCAAUUUCAGAUCCUUCCCAAAGGUGGGCUUUGACGUUUGUCGAUGCCCGCGAAAGGAGGGCGGUUUAACGGUUCUGGAUCCAGCUACCCAACUUCAUGCACUUCAGUUACAUUGGCUCCGACCACUCGUUCAACCUGACACGGAAUCAAAUUACAACCACUCUUUUGCCCUACAAACGUUACAAUACUGCUUAUGCAGCUUCUCUGGUAGUCCCAGCUCUAUUCCGCCUUUGUCCUUCGCAGAAUUACGUUUGCCGGAUGUAAAAGCAAUGGGUUGCUGCAAGCUCCUAUUUCAAGUAGUAGACAUGCUGAAUUUCUCUGUUAACUGGGAGGCGUUGAAUAUAUCGAUGGUCAUAGAGAUUCCGGUUUCGCGGAUAUACUUCGAUCUACCGACUUGGAACGGUCGUGGUCGCCGAACAAACUGGGGCCAACUGCGGAUGAAGGAUAUCUUCGGAUAUAGCCCAAUUCACAGCUGUUUGAGACAAAGACCUUACUUGUCAAACACAAGGUUUAAACAUCGAGUAAGCCGAUUCCAUUCCUGGUUAGCAGAUGGCCAGAGUCCAGUGCACUCCUCCAUUGCAACCUUGUUCACACCGCACAACCUCAGACCAGACAGCCAAUUCCAGUAUACGCUCUGUCGAAUGCUUCAACCUAACUUUGAAGAUCUACUGACGGUAGAGCUACCAGGAGCCUUGGACUUUCAUCAUAUAUAAUUCAAGCUAUUCUGGAACUCACAGUUACUCCCCAUUGAUGACUUACCGGCCCACUAUCCGCGUGGUCCUGCUACGGCAUGGCGCGCCUUCUGGUUAUCUUCCUUCCCAUACCAGGCGCACACCGUGCUCUGGAGGUAUUAUCAUCGUAAGUUACCAACACGC